CCAAAAGGCAAAAUUAUAUAGGAUCCCAUAUACGAUAUUCUCUGGUAGACUUUGGAAGCAAGAUAUUCUCAGAUUUCACCCACAAAAAAGUAAAAUUUACCACCGUGGCACAUUUAGUUUUGAGCCUCGACUCAUAAUAAUCCGCGGAGAUUUUUCACCUUCAAAAGAGUUCAAUCGGCGUAGAAAUCUCUUAAGCCCUGAAAAUUUCGUCUGGGAAGGUCGGCAAUGGAUAUCGACGCCAAAGAUUAUCAGUUGAGAUGCCAACUUCGAGGCCACGAAGACGAUGCUCGUGGCAUUUGCAUAUGCGGCAAUGCCGGUAUAGCUACCUCUUCUAGAGACAAAACGGUUAGGUUUUGGACUCUGGAUGAGCCACAGAAGCGUGAUUACUCCUUGUCUAAAAUAUUAUUGGGACACACCAGUUUUGUGGGGCCGUUGGCUUGGGUCCCACCGAACGAGGAUUUGCCCGGGGGUGGAAUUGUGUCGGGAGGGAUGGACACUCUCGUUAUUGUGUGGAAUUUGGCCACAGGCGAGAAGGUGAAGACGUUAAAGGGUCAUAAGUUGCAAGUUACUGGCGUUGCGUUGGAUGGUUCGGAUAUCGUUUCAGUGUCUGUUGACUGCACAUUGAGACGCUGGAGGGAAGGUCAGCUAGUUGAUGCCUGGGAAGGUCAUAAAGCAGCAAUUCAAGCAAUUGUGAAGUUGCCUACUGGGGAGCUUGUAACAGGUUCGACUGACAUGACUUUGAAGCUUUGGAAAGGGAAAUCUUGCAUGCAUACGUUCCUUGGACAUACAGACACCGUGCGUGGGGUUGCUGCUGUGCCAGAUUUAGGAAUUCUUUCAGCAUCACAUGACGGUUCUAUCAGGCUGUGGGCAGUUAGUGGGGAACUUCUCAUGGAAAUGGUUGGUCACACGUCCAUUGUCUAUUCUGUUGAUGCACAUACAUCUGGGCUUAUAGUCAGUGGUAGUGAAGAUUGCUCGGCAAAAAUAUGGAAAGAUGGAGUUUGUAUACAAAGCAUAGAGCAUCCUGGUUGUGUUUGGGAUACCAAAUUCUUGGAAAAUGGCGACAUUGUAACGGCUUGUUCUGAUGGAGUUGUGCGAAUUUGGACUUUAAAUCAUGAAAAGAUAGCUGAUGAUGUAGAGAUCAAUUCAUUUUCUGCUCAACUUUCUCAAUACAAAAUUAGCAGGAAGAGAGUUGGAGGGAUGAAAUUAGAAGACUUACCGGGUCUUGAUGCACUCAAGACUCCAGGAAGUAGUGAUGGGCAGACCAAGAUAGUACGUGAAGGAGACAAUGGUGUGGCUUACUCAUGGAAUAUGAGAGAACAGAAGUGGGAUAAGAUUGGUGAAGUUGUUGAUGGUCCUGAUGAUAACAUGAGCCGUCCUUUGCUUGAUGGAAUCCAAUAUGACUAUGUAUUCGAUGUCGACAUUGGAGAUGGUGAGCCCGUACGGAAAUUGCCUUACAAUCGUUCAGGCCAGAGGGAUUUCACGCCGGAUCCAAUGUUUCGAGACCCCUACACUGGAGCCAGUGCUUAUGUACCGGGAGCUCCUUCCGCAAUGCCAGGUGUAUCGAAGCCUUCUUACAAGCACAUACCCAAAAAGAGUCUAUUUUGGGUGAUGAUAAAGCAUGACAUGAUGAAAGGGAUGCUUGUGUUCGAUGUUGCCCAGUUUGACGGAAUCCUCAAAAAAAUUUCCGAGUUCAACAGUGUCCUGCUGUCUGAUCCGGAGAAAUCACAUCUAUCAAUGAAUGAGGUUGAUGUUUCGAGACUGAAUGCCAUCGUUAAGAUUUUGAAAGACACAUCACACUAUCACAGCACUACUUUCUCAGAUGUUGAUGUUGCAUUGCUGCUGAAGUUGCUAAAUACAUGGCCAGUUGCAAUGCUAUUUCCUGUUGUGGAUGUUGUGAGGAUGAUUGUGCUACAUCCAGAUGGAGCAGGCAAGCUUCUGCAGCAUGUCAAGGGUGAAAAUGAUACAAUAGUUGAGUUAAUCAGAAAGGUAGCUGCAAAUCCUCCACUUCCAGCGAACUUGCUUACAAGCCUCCGUGCAUUGACUAAUCUCUUCAAAAACACAUCCUACAAUGAUUGGUUACUAGCACAUCGUGUUGAGAUUCUUGAUGCCUUCUCGAGUUGUUGGUCAUCUACAAAUAAGAAUGUCCAGUUAUCAUAUGCUACACUACUAAUCAACUAUGCUGUUCUUUUGGUGGAGAAGAAGGAUAAAGAAGGCCAAUCUCAAGUCCUUUCGGCAGCUUUGGCGGUACUGUUUUACGCUGCUCUUAUUCAUUUCAUUUCUACUCUUGCGCUAAAGAAAGGUGGUUUUACAUACAAGCGAGUGAUGGCAGGAGAAGGAACUGUCGAUUCCGAUUCUAAAUUUCGGGCUUUGGUUGCUAUUGGCUCGCUGAUGCUUGAAGGCCUUGUGAGAAGUUCGGCUUUGGAUUUUGGUGUUGUAAAUAUUGCCAAGGCUGCAAAGGCAUCUAAUGAUGCCAAGCUUGCUGAAGUUGGAGCUGAUAUUGAACAGGUGGCCAAACAUGGCUGAUGAAAUAAAUUUAUCGGUA